UAUAGGUCGGUGUUUAGAGAGUGAACAGUUCAUGAUGCGGCCGACAGCAGCACUACUGUUUUUCCUGGUUGCCCAGCGCUUUCCAGGGUCGGAGCAAUCCACCUGGUUCGAUUACGUGUCUAUUGUUGACGGAAACUGCAUUGUUGAGGGUACAAAGGUUCCGGUAAACCAGAGCAUCUCCCUGGUGAAUCCCUGCGAAAACUGGAGCUGUUCUCCCGUGAAUGCCACGCAUGGCUUAGUAAGCGGUAAUGGGUGCAGCAUGACGAAAGUAGAUGGCAAUGGCCCAUGCAAGAUGAAGGCUCACGAAGGUAGCUACCCCAAGUGCUGCCCCAUCAUCGAUUGCGGCAACUCUGACGCGGCCACAGGAUAAAUGUGUUCGAUGCUUAACUUAAGCAUACAAGCUUAAGAGUCCCUCCUGUGCCUAAAGCAAACUUACCACAAACCAUCAAAAAAAGAGGAUUAAGAAGAUAAAAACCUCGAUUCAGAUAAAAUGGCGUAAAUAUUUCAGUUAACACGAAUUCAAGGUGGA